AUAAAGGCCAAUGCUUCGAGCGAUGAUGUCCCUGUGCUUUCGGCACACGCCAUCUUGGACUGCCUGGAUAGUAGCAGAGAGUACUGGACCCUCCUGCAGCAGGCCUUGACCGACUUGGAACGGGUCCCCAGCCUUGGGGGCAAUGUACAGGCGUCUCAGAGACAAAAGAAGCGCUCGGACAAGAGGCCCAGGUGGGAGCAGCAUGAUCUCAGUCUUAAUACGCGUUCUGUGCCAUCCAUCAGACCGCCUGCACUCUCGUCUAGAGAAGCUCUUCGGAGGUGAAGCUCCCCGCGCUGCUCUCGUCCACCGUAAGAGCCUCACUGCAAGACAAGCGAAAGCGCUCAACAUCUGCAGGCAGGUAUAUCGCAGGCAAAGGGAUAAGCUCGCCCCCGCUGCCGCUGGCCAGACGCAAGCGCCCAAAAACGUGAUGUCGAACAAGCUAGAGGCCGAGCAAUGCGCCUCAACUCUAGCUUCGCUCUUGCAGCGUCGCGGAGCCAGGACAACAUGUAGACAUUGCGAAGAGUGGCAAGCCGAGGACAGUGACAGUAGUCCAAACCCGGGCAAGACUUGCUUGGCAGAGGAAGAGGCCAUCGGCGCUCUCGAAGAGGGACUUCCUCCUGCCCUUGUGACGAGCAUCGAAAUCUCGUCUGCUCUAAGUCGAGGCGACGAAGCUGUGAUUCGGCUCGAGCCAGGCCUGCAAACAGACAAGCUCUUCUCAUGUAUGCAGCUGUACGGCCUCUUAUCUUCCGGCAACCCAAGCGAUGACGGAACCUCGCCAGUACGCUCGCGUAGAAUAGCCUUAGUUGGGGAGAAUGAGGAGAUCCAUCAAGUGCUGGUCUACCUCUUGCCUCACCUGUCAAUGAUUGCAGAACUUGUGUUCAUCGAGAUGGCUUACGGCGAGCUUCAAGUGUGCAGCUGUUAUAAAGAUGGAGACAUAGCUCUCUUCCCGAUGCCACCGACAGCGAUCCGGGACAGAAGAUCGCUCCAAUCGUCGUUGUCCGAAGACACACUUCUCAGCUUCUGCCCGUCUUCUGCGCUGUCCGGGAAUCCCAACAAACACUACCCAGGGAGAAAUUACCACUGGAGGUACAGCAGGAUGGGCAACGGUGAUCCGGGCAGCUGUCUAACGACCAACAUACAUGCGAUUACCAAGAAGAUGAAAGAGACAAUGGCACCGUAUGCAGGUUCAGUCGACGAAGAAUCCCCUUUCAAGGCACCAGACAAAGUCCUCAAAUUGAGCGCCCUCUGCGCUUCGAUUCUCAGGAAAAAGCAGCUAUGGCAACAGUCUACAUUUCCGCUGGCACAAGGUCCGCCCGGCUUGAACCACCAUUCCUACUCAGACGACGAUAGUGCAGACGAGACUCUUGAAGAAGAGGAGGACGCAGACGCAUCCUCCUCUGACGAGAAAGAAAUCCCUCAGCCGACUGUGAACUCUCAAGGGUACACGUCACAACUCCCGCCUCACUUGGUGGACCUCAUCUCACAAACAUACACGUGCGUCUCCUGUCGUAGUGUCGCAGUCGACAAGGACGACGACAGCCUCUUUGGUGCCUCUGCAGCCGUGCCAGUACCGAGUUCCACUGGUACGUCCCACAUUCCAACGACCGACUCCCCACCACGAAAGGUUUGCGCUGCUCCCCCUUUGGAAGAGGCUUGGCGAGUACCGGAGAGGGGAGCCCCCUACCGCGAGACGGAGAUGCCCAAGGACACGACGAGGUGGGGACAAGCACCUUGGAACGCAAUGUGCUGUCGCGUAGGCGGCGUCGGACCAUGGCUAUCCUCGCCCUCUGCAGACGAGUCCAGGAAAGAGAAGGCCAAAGCAGACGCACCCCAGUCGCAGUCGCAGUCGCAGUCGAAAUCGCCUUUGCAGCGAUGGGUCCCGCCCUCCUGGGAAACAAUGGCCGAAUGGCGCUUCUGUGCUCCGUGCCUCGCCUCGCACCUAGGCAUCUGGCCCUCCCUGUCCCCUGGUGGACCCCGCCCCGUGCCUCGUCCGAACCCGCAGCGCCUCUACCCUGCGUGCCAGUGUCUGCUCUGCCAGGGGUCGUCACGCGGCCCGCCUGCGGCUUGAAAGAAGAUGGGGGCAGGUCGUCUUUGUUCCGGAAGUUGAUCCUCUGUACAGCAGUGUACACGAUACACUAUCAGCGAUAGAUAUAGCAGUCGCUGUACAAGUUGCCAAUAGAUGUCUUGUAUUACUCUGAACGAUCG